AUGCCCCCUCCUCCGCCUCCACUCCUGGAUCCCGUCCGCGACGGCCCCCCACGACACCCCCUCGCUGACGAGGUGCAUCGUGACCCCCAGCGUCUCCGUGUCCCGGUUCCGCGUCUCGUCGUCGAAGAAGAGCAUGUCCUCCGCCUCCAUGUGCCGCACCUUGGACCCCGGGUAGAUCUCCGUCCCGCCGUCGAAGGCGUCGAGGGCCCGGCGCUGCCUGCUCUCGGCUCCCAAAGGAAGGUGGAGCAGCUUGAGCAGGUCGCGGGCGAGAGAGGGCGCCGAGGUGCGCGAGGCGACGGCGAGCUUGGGGCGGUGGGCGGUCCCCAGGUGCGGGAGGGCGUGGAGGAUGGGGGCGACGUCGGGGUAGAAUGCGAAGGACUCGCCGAGGCGGUCUGUGGCGGAGGAGGGGUUCUGGGAGGAGGUUGGCUUGAGGGGCGGGGAGACGUGGCAGUCGACCCAGAAGGGCCAGAGGGUGUAGUCGAGGUCGAAGAUGAUGAGCUUUGGGAGGGGCAGGGUCGGGUCGCGGAGGGAAGGGGGGAGGGAUUCGAGGGUUGCGGGGAGGGAGGCCGCGGUCGUUCCUGGUGCGGAGGCGCGGGAGAGGCGCCGGGGCAUCGUGAGGGAGGACUGUCUGUUUUGUGUGUUGAGAUGAUGUUGGUUGGUUUGUUUAUUGGCGAGAUGAUCUGGUUUGUCUUUGUUUGGUGGGGGUUUCGUGGUACAAUUGCGACGAGGUGGGGGAUAAGCGAUUGGCGAUUGGGACUUUGGCAGGGGUGUUGA